CCGCUUUAUUUUCGCUAAUAAACGUUAACCGACGUUAGUAGCGCUACAGAAGUUACUUUCCAAGUCCCCACUGCCACUCCCCCUCGGCACGCGGCCGACCACUCUCGAGACGCACGUUAACGUCAUUCGCCGGGUUCAUCCAAGUUCACCAGACUGGACCAAUCAGGAACGAGCUCCCGCGUCCGAGCCCGUCCUUCCCGAUUCUGCGUUGUGCGCGAUGUUUCAGGUGUUGCGUGAACACCAGAAAUGGCAGAUUUCGUGACGCUGAAUUGCGGGAUUAACAUGCCAACUGUGGGCCUCGGCACAUGGAAGUCUGCCCCAGGAGAAGUGGCUGAAGCUGUGAAAGUGGCCAUAGCGGCAGGGUACCGGCACAUCGACGGAGCCUUUUCCUACCAGAACGAGAAGGAAGUGGGGGAGGGCAUCGAUGCCGUGAUUAAGGAGGGUGUCGUGAAGAGAGAAGACCUCUUUGUGGUCAGCAAGCUGUGGUGUACCUUUCACGAGAAGUCCUUGGUGAAAGAAGCCUGUCAGAGGAGCCUGAAUGACUUAAAGCUGGACUAUCUGGACUUGUAUCUGAUCCACGCUCCAUUUGGCCUGAAGGCUGGAGAGGAACUGUUACCGAAAGACGACGAGGGAUUUGUAGUGCCUGGUGACACCUACUUCCUGGACACCUGGGAGGCAAUGGAGGAGCUGGUGGAUGAAGGGUUGGUGAGAGCUAUUGGGAUCUCCAACUUUAAUCGAGAGCAGAUUGAGGCCAUACUGAAUAAGCCAGGUCUGAAGUAUAAACCUGCAACAAACCAGAUUGAAUCCCACCCCUACCUGACUCAGGAGAAACUCAUCAACUACUGUCAUUCGAAGGGCAUCUCUGUAACAGCUUACAGCCCCUUGGGCUCUCCAGACAGACCAUGGGCCAAGCCAGAAGAACCCUCUUUGUUGAAUGAUCCCAACAUCAAGGCCAUAGCUGAAAAGCAUAACAAGACUGUGGCUCAGGUCUUGAUCCGCUUCCAGAUCCAACGGAACUUGAUUGUCAUUCCCAAGUCUGUUACACCACAGCGCAUCCAGGAGAACAUCCAGGUUUUUGACUUUGACCUGACAGAGGAUGAAAUGAAGGCCAUUCUAGGGUUCAACAGGAACUGGAGGAUCUGCUCAGUUCUCUGGGCAUCAAAGCACAAGGACUAUCCGUUCAAUGCUGAAUUCUAAUGCAAACAGGAUCUGGUGAUGGUGAGCAACUGGCCAGUCUGACCAAUGGAGGGGAAAAAAAAUCAUACAAAUUCCUUGUUUAGUGUUUAAGCAGAAAGUCAUAUUCGUUGUGGUUCUGCAUGUCUCAGAGGAUAUUAAAAUGUAAAGGUUUUUCAGUUAUUAAACUAAAAGAACAGGCAUCUUUGAUUACCUGUAAAAGGAUUUUUGUGUACAGAAAGGUACUAUGUCUGCAGUUGUACCAUCACUGAACACUGUUGUCCACUGAAACAUAAAAUUUAGAAGAGUUCACAAUAUUUCCACUGCUUCUGUAAUGGCCUUUGUCUCAGUUGAAUUAUUAAAUAUGUUGGACUGAAACAGAAAUAACACCUUUUUCCAUGUGUAUGAUGCAUAAUUAUUGGCUAAUUAAAAAUAAUGGCUGUCGAACUAACAUCUGACCUCUCUGGCUAUGGCCAAAACACUUUUUUUUUUUUUUCUCAUGGCUCUGAUCAUUGGAUUCCACAGAUUUUUUUUAAUUUUAAGAAACAGAGUUUAGGACAAUUAAUGAUGCAUUUUUAUUUAUCCCUGCAGUUGUGAUAUGUAUAAUGAUAUGCAGUGUUUAUAUUUUAGUUCAUAGUCUGUGGAGAAGCGUUCAAGAAGAAUUUCAUGAUACAUGUACACAAUAUUUGUAUACAUAUGGCAAUAAACUUGAAACUUGAACCUGAACCUGUAAAACCUGAAUGGUACUACAUCACUCACAUGGAGACAGCUGGUAGCGUAGGGGUUAGAGCUGUUGCUUUUGGACCCAAAAGUCACAGGUUUG